UAGUCCUUGGCUCCUUGGCCUGAGCCUAUUAGAUCUAACCACAGAAUUCUACACUAAGUGUAGAAUUCUGUGGAUCUAACAUUAUCAAUUAAACCUCUUGGGUUUUUAACUAUUUCAAUGCAAGCCGGCAGAACAACAGCAGUAAAUAAAACGGGGGAAAAAUCUGGCCGUUCAGUGCACAACUUCCGGGAACUACACCACCCCUGCCCGACAAGAACAAAAAAAGUGCAACGACUACGCCAUUGAAAGAGGACCGCCAUUUUGAGAUCGCAGUACCCAGAUAUGGCCACUGCAGCCACUGCUCAAAUGGAGGGGAUUAAGCCAGAAUGGAUGGCUGCCAUGAAGGCUCUUGAGAAUCAGAAUAAAUCGACGGAAUUUGCCAAUCGCCCAGAAUGGAACAAUGCCAUGAAAGCGCUUGAGAAUAUGAAGUCACCAAAUUCACCUAACAAAAAGAAGAAGAAAGGCAAGAAGGAUGAUAAGCCCAAUGGGCAAGGGGAGAGUGAUGGGGGUUCAAACAGUGCUGGAGAUGAGUCAUUCACUACCUCGAGUCCAGCAGUUAGCCAGGCUCCCCCACUACCUCCACCACCUCCGCCCCAGCGCAUGGAGCAAGGACCACCACCUCCACAACCCCCACAACCACCUAACGGCUUUGGAUAUGGAUAUCCGCCCCCUGGAAUGGGUUAUGGAGCUCCAAGUCUUUACCAGCAGUAUGGGUAUCCGUAUCAAUAUGGAGGAUACAUGCAGGGCCCAUAUGGAGGACCCCCACCACCUCCACCAUGGAUGAACAAUUUUGGUCCUGGCCCUAGCAACUUUGGAGGUCCUCGAGGCCCCCCUCCCAUGUGCCCUCCACCAGGUAUGGGCCCACCACCUGAUCACCCAGACUUCAGGGGGCCUCCUCCGCCCCAAAGAUUCCAGUACAACGAUAGCCCAAGGGGGCCACCUCCACCACACAUGGACAGAGGACCCAGCGGGCCAGGUGGCCCACCUGAAGGAGAUUCUCCCUCGUUUCACGACCAAGGCCCACGGUUUGGAAAUAGAAACAUGAAACAAGCACCUGGUUCUGGUAGUAUUCGUUUUCAGUUGAAGAGGAAAGGCCUAAAUCCAUCAGAUAACCCCAUGGACAAUCCACUUCGGGCACCAGCUGGAAAGUUUAUGCGUGGUAGCAAUGAUUCUCUGCAGUCACCUCAUGACCCCCCUGGCUUUAUUCCGAUGUCUGCAGGCAGUGCCAGCAAACCCAUGAACAAAGGGGACAGAACAGAGGACAAAGAUGAUAAAUCAUCCUCAGAUGCAGCUGGAGAAUGGCCACAGUCUCUCAAAGAUUAUGUGCAGCGUGCUUUUGCAUCAGUCACUAACGAGAGUGAGAAGGAUCAGGUGGAGAGAGUUCUUAAAGAAAAGCUGACCAAAAUUUUCAAUUCCGAAGGAGGGGCUAAUUCUGUGAACUGGGACGCUGAACCAUUGCCAAUCGAUAGCCGCAGUCCUUCUUCAGAGUCCAGCCGCUCUAGUCCUGGCAGGAAUCGAUUUGGCAAAAACAGAAACCGUGGUGCAAAAACCCCGAGAGGGCGCGGUCGCGGCAGGGGAGGCAAAGAUGAUGCUGGUGUCUCAGACAGUGGAGGACUAUCCCUCUCUACCAAGAGGAACAAAAAGAAAGGAAAUCUAAAAUUCACCUAUGAUGAUCCAAUGAAGAAAGCUCGCAUGCAGAUUAGAGCUGCUCGUUUUGCUGGGGAACUUCAGAAGCCAAAAGUGAAAGCCACAAUCUCCAUCAACGAUUCCAUCAACUCUAGCUAUAAGGAUGAUGAUGUAGAUCUGUCUGAGUUUUCUGUUGUUGGAAUGUGUCAAGACUUGGAGAAGCCAUACUUGCGCCUGACUGGGGUCCAGGGAAUCCGAGACCCGUUCACAGUGCGCGUCUAUGAGACUCAUGCCAGAAUUGCGAUGGAGAAGGGCGACCAUGAAGAGUUCAAUCAGUGCCAGACACAGCUCAAGCUUCUCUACUACGAGGGUCUGAAGGGGAACCAGUUGGAGUUCAAGGCCUACCGCAUCCUCUAUUAUAUCUACACUUCCAAUACAUUAGAUUUAACCACAGCCUUAGCGUCACUGAGUGAGGAGUGCCGCAAAGAUGAAUGCAUUAAGCAUGCCCUGAAUGUUAGAAUAGCUUGGUCCCUCAAUAAUUACCACAGGUUUUUCAAAUUGUAUGAGGCUGCCCCCAAAAUGUCUGGCUAUCUUAUGGACUGGUUCAUUGAUAGGGUUCGCAAAACGGCACUCAAACUCAUCAUCAAAGCGUACCGACCCACGCUUCCCGUGGAAUUCUUCAUGAAGGAGCUGGCGUAUGCCGACCGGACUAAGUGUAUGGAGUUCCUGCUGGAGAAGGGGGUGACAUUUUCUGCUGACAAGGCCAGUGUGGACUGCAAAGCGAGCAUGGGCAUUGUUCCAACACUGUAGUACCGAGUCAUCACACAUCUCAUUUCUGUAUCGGUCAAAGCAAAGAUCUUACAGUGCUGAUGUUGCUAUCCGUAUAGCGCAAAGGCUGUGAUAUAAACACGUUCAUCAUUAUCAUUGUACUGGCUGCCUCAGCAGUCCCACGCAGUGUGGUAAAGACAGUACGUAGAGUGUUCUCGGCAGAAACAUUAUGGUGUCAGUCGCCCCCUUUUCUGUCGUCACUCGUUGCUUCAAGAUUUUCUUCAGCUUCACUUUCAGGGGCUUCCUACAGGCUCAGCUUUUGUGAGUUUCUGGGCUUCUUUUGUGCUUAAAUGCAAUCUUUUAUUGAUAGAGUAAGCGGAGGAAAGUAUAGAGUAGUUAAAUGUGCAGAUGUGUGGGUCUUGCUUUACGGUCCUCAAAAUUGGCCGAGAACGCUUUUUAUUUCUCACAAAUCUGAUGCAGAGACUGGACACUUGUGGUUAUUUUGUACAAGAUUUGUGCUUGGAACUUGCCUCUGUUAGCUUAUUAGCUACAUUUGUAAGACUGUGCCAGAAAGCAGUGUUCAGACUUGCAGGACUGGAAGUAUGAGGAAGCGGAAUUGUGAUGUGUUUGAAAUGUAGGAGGAAAGAUUGUAAGUGUUCUCAUUUUCUAAAUUGUGUGUACCCUCCAGCCAGAAACAGUAAAAGAAGAAACAUUUCCAUUCGACAUAGUUAUGUGGAAGGCAAGUGUUCUUGUUCUUGUCUACUGUGUUGUAAAGACAGUUACUGACUUCUCAGUGUCUGUUAGCAAGACCCAACACAUCAUUAUGAUUGUAGCCUAUAAGUAUGUCUAGUGGUCAAGUGGCUAAGCUAAGAUGUCAGUUUUGGUAUCAGUAGGUGUAGGAAGCCCCUGCUGAGACAUUUUAUGGCCAUUCACAGAGACUUUCAUGGAUCUUGUGUUAGUAUUUAAUGACUCUCUUACUGAGUUCAUACAUUACAAGUGGUUAGUUACAAUCUGAUUAUCAGCUUUCAAGUUUCAGUGUUAAGAUGGAGGGGGGAUCUUAAUUUUAGUAUUAAAUUUCAUAUAUCUCACAUUGGGGUGCGCGAGUUGUCUUGAUGUACAUUUCACACUUCACACCUCUCAAAGAAUCGGUGGCAAUUGGACCAACAUUUUGAGCUUUGUUAUUACCUCCAGGAAAGUGGACCAUCUAUCUUCACUUUGUCCUAUCAUCAAAGCGGGGCAUGGAUUGACUGGCCCCACCUAGUUCUCCCAUCAAGAGAGGAAAUAUGGCACCUAUAGAUAUUUUUGAAGACUGGUUUCGUCUCCUCCCCCCAUAUGAUCAGAUCUGACAGCGUGGUCAACCAGUAACGUUUCCAGUCUUGUUUUCAAGUAAAUCUCCAUUCAUCGUUCAGAAUAACUCUAUCACAUGUCAGUGUCAUCUCGUGACCAGAGAGGGACAUCCAAGGUCCAGAUUUUAUAGAAGUUGACAGGAUAUUGCAAGAUUUAGAGAUCAUAACAGUCCUGUGGAUUUUGCAGUCAUAGAAGAUCAAGAGAAUGCAGUUGAGAUGAAUGUACAUCGACUUUCUGAGUUUUCCAGGUGUAGGUCAAGCCGAUGUUGCUGGAUUUCGCUGUCACAGAGUCAAGUGGAUAUUGCUAGAUUUUACUGCUAUGACAGUCAAGCAGAUUUUGCUAUCAAAACAGUCAAGUGAAUUUUGCAAAUAAGUCCAGUGAAUGAAGCUGGAUUUUAUAGUAUCUAGUGAAUGUUGCUGAAAUUUGCUUUAAUCAUGAUCAAACUGAUAUUAAUGGAUUUUUAAAUCUUAAUCUCCUGUGGAUGUUGCUGAACAAGACAGCCUCAGCUAUCAAGUUAUCCCAUUGAAACCUCAUCAUGGUGCUGCUACCUCAAGGAGAUAUGAAUAACUAUAGGCAGACGUUGGUAACAAGACGCGGCGGUCCAGCGGAUGCUACAUUUUACAGUUGUACCUGUCAAGUGGAUUUUGAAUUUUACAUAUGCGCCGGUCUCAGAAUGUUUACUUUUAAGUCAAGUGGAUGUUUCUAAAUGUUACAGUCGUCACCAUUCAAGUAGGUGGUGCCCGUUUGAGCAGUCAUAGCUAGCACAUUGAUGCAAAAAAUCAGGGCCUUUUCCAGUGAACAGCUUUUUCUACAAUUAUGUUUCCAAAUCUGUCAAGCAGUAAAGAGUUGCAUUGUGAGUCGGUCAUUGCCCAGGAGAGGAUGUCAGCAUAAUAUUGGAUAACUCAACGAGAACCACUGAUAUGAAUCUGAAUGCAGAAUGCUACUUUCAAUUCGUUCAACACCUUCAAGUCAAUAAGCUGCCAAUCUGCACAGUUUGCUGCCACCAGUGUACAGCCAAAUUGUAAGUUUCCUGUGGAAUUUUAAGUCUAGAUAUUGUUCUUUUUAUCGUUAUCAGUUUAAACUGAAAGGAAGACCAUGGGGAAAUAUUUCGUCAGGCGUAAGAUUGGAGCACAGUGCACUCACCACAGUUCUGAAAAUGGCUGAUUCUGGUAGUCUCCCUAACCCCAAGAGCUGCCUAUCUCAAUCCCCUUAUCCAAGAGAUCUUUCUCACAGCCCUAUGCCCUGCCCUACCAUGUCCCAGAGAGAGUUACCCUUCUGCCCCUGAACAUUUCCAGUUCUUGUGUCCCUAUAUGCUUUGCCCUCCCCACCUCAUCCCCGUCCCUCCUUGCCCCUGUACCAUAUUUUGGCUUUUGCCCAAACUAACCCAGUCCUCUCCUGUCCAGUUUACUACCUUCACACUGAGCUUUGGAAAGUGAUGCCGAGGAAGUCUUUGGAAGUCCUUUGUGGGUGAAUUUACAAAGCAACGGAUCUUUCCUCAAGUUGUCAAGUCUCAUGACAUAAAGUGUCCGGAUGUCAAGUCAAGCACAGCCCUAGAAUUAACUGCCAUUUUCAUAUCAAGAAGGCUCCCCUAAUUUGAAGUAUUUCCUAGUGUCUGGUGAACAAGUACCUGGUUACCUGAGCAGCAAGUUGUCACAGUCAAGCACGUACAAGUCUGCUGUCUAAGCAAAAACAAGCCUGUUUCGAUUCUCCUUCGACUGCGAUGGCUACAGUCUUCUAGGCCAAACACAUGCCUCUUGAUACAUACACACACAUCAGGUGCGUCAAGGCAAUUCGUUCUUCAAUGUGUUCUUGGGUCUAGCCUAAAAUUCUUUAUGUAAAUAUGCUGGUACUGGUAGUUAAAGAGUUGUUAGGAAAUUUAAGAAGCUGGGAGGGGGGUUGUGGACUGAGUACAGGUCAAAGACUUUAUGAUAUUGAAUGGAGGCCUACUGUGAGAAUUGGUAUAUGACUGCACACUCACGUGGUCCUCUGGAGAACUGUCGUGACCUGUGAGUUUCAGUGCGUGACUACAACCUAUUUUGCUCUCAGCUGCAGAAGGACGUUGUGUUCUAAAACUAAGCGCAAAAGACUGCAUGCGAGUUUCCCCGGGAUUGGCCACUUGUGUGGCUCAGCUCACCAUUGCUGACCUUGAUGCUGAUGGUGCCUGUGAUGAGGGGGGGAGCAGAUGUUGGCUGUCGCUGCUGCAGUGCGGAAGAGGUGCCCCGCUUCCAGUCUCUCUCUCUUUAUCUCUAAUGCUGCUCCUAAUGUUUAUUUUUUGUUCAUUGUAAUGAAGCGACCGUCAUCCUUGCUAAUUGUUUAAUGUUUCCUUCUCUUUCAGGAUCUAGUAGAAAAGUUAUGUAUUGAUUAUACUUGCUGAUUUAAACUUUUCCAUUGUUAUUUGUAAUGGAUGAACAGGAAUCUCCUGUGCUUGGGAACGCAACUAGUCCAGAUUCUCUUGAAUGAAUAUAUGGUAAAUGAAUGUAUUUGUUUUGAAUUAUGUUUUAUUGUAAAUGCUUCCAGGCGGAAAGAGUAGACUCUUUUAUGACAAUGGCAAUGGUCAAUGGGUGUACUGAUAUCUAUGUAAGUGCAUUUUUAUAUGAUGUUCAGCUGCUGCUACGUUCAAGGAAUCUAGUACUGUAGGCCUACAGGUCUGCUGGUAUUGUGAAGGUUGAUAGUUUUUUUUUAUAUGCUAGCUCAUCAGGUAAGAUGAUGCUGUCUACAGUGUUAGAUCCCAUGUUGUGACCUGUGUUAUUUCUUUCUCUUAGAAAAAUUUGUUAUUUGUUUAUUGUUAAUCACCCAAAAAUAUUCAUAACAGGGAUGUUACUCUUUGUUACAGAAGUGAGAAUCUGUGUUUGGUAAGUAACACAGGAUCUUGGGGGCUGUGUGACAGAAUUGGCAGCUUUGGCUUUUGUCUGGUUUUACUGUUAUUGGUUUUUACACUAAAACUUACAUUUUUUGGGUAUAUUAUGGUAAGUAUGGUUUUGUCAAGCACAUGUCUAGAUCAAGCCAGGGCUGAACCUAUUGAAGAUUCUGAAUUUCUAUUUUGCAACUUUAAUGUCCAUUGUGGAGUUAAAGAAUGAUAGUUCUGCUGUCUGUAUUUGUUUCUUGCUCUCGUACAUAAUUAUAUCUUUGUUCCUUUGAGCUGUCUGUUAUGGGUCGGUAUGAGUACAAUAGUUCAGUGUCUUUCUCUGCAUGUUUUCUGUCUGUCCUUUUUUUAAAAACAUGUAGAGAAGCAAAUGUUUUCCAUCUAUUUAUGUAACUGUGUGUACCUUCAACAAAUUUGUCUUCGUGCUGAACAGAAAAAAGAAGGUAAUUCGUUGACCUUACUCCUUUUCCUUCCCUCUGUUGUUGUGUCUCUCUUUGCUUCUUCCCUGCACUACUUGACCAUUAUCAACGUCAAUGUGUUUAUCUUUACUCAAACUCGUAUUCACCAGUCUCUUGCUAUCAUUUGGGUCAGAGUGUAGGAAGCAGGUGGUUUGAGGACACAACUAAUAGGUCCAACUUCUUUUCUUUCCUUCUGUUGUUACUGUCUGUCUUGUUUUUUCCCUUUACUUGUUGGUCGUCAUUGUGUCGAUAUACUUCUAUUUACUCAGAAAAUAGGACUUCAAACACUACUAUGAGUCUAGUUUGAAAAUUAAUGUUCCUGAAUUUGAAAGAUGAGAACUUGGUAUUUUUGGGGAGUCAUGUUUUUUCUCAAGAGAAAAUGUGCAGCUGUAGGAGUUUCAUUGCACUAAGAUGCAAGGGAUUAAGUUGAUGUAUUCUCUUAAUUGGAUAAGUUGGGGGGGGGGGGUAUUUGGGGUAAGGAUCAGAUGAGGUUGUGUUGUGGGGGAAGUAGGAAGGCGAUGCUCGUUUCCAGUUUCAGUGGUUUAGGCUAGGAAUCGGAAGUAGCAAUUUAUGCCAUUUCCAGAACUCAAAGUGGCUCAAAGCUCCGGGUGAUCAUGACUGAACACUUGGUCCUUCGACUUCGAUGAAAUGUUUUUGGCCUAAAAGACAAAACAGUAUGUUAGGCUAUCAGUUUUAAGAUUCCAAACUGCCUUUGAAGCUGUCUGUUUCAAUAGACUUCCCAUGGCUUUUUUCCCCCUCUCUGAAGUAAAAGCUGUUGAUGACAUUUUUGUUGAAGUGUUACAGGUUGUCGGUGUGUUUGGUUUGUACAGUUGUCAGUGUGUUUGGUUUGUACAGUUAUUAAUUUUUAGUUUGUACAGUUGUGUUUGUUUCUUCUUACUGACUUUUAUUGUCCGUACUUGUGUGGAAUGUCUGGGCACAUGGUGAGGAAUCUGCGGGGUCCCUCCUGGUGGUGUGUUACUGUUGUUAAUGUUAGUUCCAGUGUGUCGUGUAUAGUCAAUAUUUACUAUGUACAUGGAUGUUUGUAUUUGCCUUCCUUUCACAGAUAAAUCACAAUAAACCCCAGUGGCCCCAUAU